AAGAAAGGUGGAGGAGGAGGGGGUGGUAGACAACCUGGAGAAGCAGGGGCUUCUAAUCAACCUCAACAACAACAACAACAGCAGCAACAACAACAGCAGCAGCAACAACAGCAGAGACCACAGCAGCCUCAGCAACAGCAGAGACCACAACAGCCUCAGCAACAGCAGAGACCACAGCAGCCUCAGCAACAGCAGAGACCACAGCAGCCUCAACAACAGCAGUGGCAACAACCGCCUCAGCAGCAGCAGCAGCAGAGGCAACAACAGCCGCAGCAGCAGCAGUGGCAACAACAGCCCCAGCAGCAGCAGAGGCAACAACAGCCGCAGCAGCAGCAGUGGCAACAACAGCCCCAGCAGCAGCAGAGGCAACAACAGCCUCAGCAGCAGCAUAUCAUCAUAAGUGUCACAAACAUAAGUGAUUUCAGUUCAAAAAGGAACAAAAAAAAGGGUGGAAGACAAGCACAAGCUGGUCCACCACAGGAAUCUGGACCAGGACCGGGUGCUGUACCACCACAGCAAGCUAUUCAACAUGGCCAGCCUGCACCUCUACACCAACUUCCUCAAGAGCAAAGGAUGCAACAACCUCCUGCUUUUACCGUUGGUCAAGUUAGACAAGCCGCUCCAAUUACCAGACCUCAAGCAAUGGAACAACAGGGACCUCCUCGACAACCAUGGGGUCAACAACAACAACAGCAGCAGCAGCAACAACAGCAAGCUCGCUUCCCUUUGCAAACUGGUCCUAGAGGUCAAACUCCAUGGGCACAAAGAGGGGAAACAACCCCUACCCACCAAACUCAACUACCACCUCAACAACAACCAGUAUCUCCUGUAACCAGUGCACCUCCUGUUAGGCAACAACCCGGUGACCAGCAACCCAGCAGACCACCUUCAUCUCAGCCUCAAGUACAGCAACAAGCGGCAAAGCCAAGGUCUCCCGCUGAAGGUAGUGCUUUAGCAGAAAAAAUGAGAAAUAUAGAUAUCAAAUCAUCGUCAUACAUUCCACCCAAAAGAGGGGACCGCCCUUCAGAUCCAAAAAAAGGAAGAGAAAUUGUUGUGGAAACUAAUCAUCUCAAUUUAAAUAUAAAGAAUAAGAAUAUGGUUAUUCAUCAUUAUGAUGUAUCUAUCAAUCCUGAAAAACCUUAUCGCAAUUACAGACAAGCUGUGGAAGCUGUUCGACAGAGGUGUUUCAAAAAUCGAUUUCCUGCCUUUGAUGGAAAGAAGAACCUCUAUAGUUAUCCUGAGUUGCCUCUCCAAAAAACGGAACUUGUUGAGACCGUGACAAUUUACGAUAAUGAAAGAGAUCAAGAAAAAGAAAUGACCGUUACGAUAAAGUAUGCUACGCAAGUUAAUGUCUCAAUGAUAUGGGAUUAUCUGAGGGCUGGGACUUCAACUAAUGGUCCGCAGGAGGCAAUCCAAGCUCUUGAUAUUGUUUUAAGGCAACCAGCUGCUAACAGGUUUGUGACAGUUGGAAGAUCAUUCUUUUCACCUCCACCUGGUAGAGUAAUUGAUCUUGGUUAUGGUCUUGACCUUUGGUAUGGUUUCUUCCAGUCUGCAAUUAUUGUGGCUCACAAAGGAUUCCCAGCUGCCGACAAUUGUGUUGUUGCUUUAGGUAAAUUUGUUCAAGGAGACCUUGGAGAUCCACGUUUUCAAAUGAGACCUUAUGAACGUGAAAGCUUUGUUGCGUAUAUUAAGGAUUUGAAAGUUGUUUAUGAAAUUCCAUCAAAGAGUGUUAAAAGAACAUAUAAAGUGACUAAUAUAACAACUUGUCCAAGAGAUAAUAGAUUCGAGAUUACUGAUAAGGAAACCAAUAACAAAAGUGAAACUACUGUUGAAAGAUAUUUUAUAAGACAAAUCAACUUUAAUAGUGACCCAUGCCUGAAGGAGUUUGGCCUCUCAGUUGAUGACCAGUUCACUAAAGUUAAGGCCCGAAUUAUGAAUGCACCAACACUUGAUUAUCGAGAAAGACCGGUACCUGUAAGACAAGGAGUAUGGAGGAAUGAAAAAUUCAUUCAAGGAGCCGAUUUGGUUCAGUGGAGAAUCGUUACUACUAAUCAGAUGAUUAGAGAACCAGAUUUAAGAAAGCUAGCAUCGGGUUUAAUAAAUCAUGGAAUGGAAUGUGGCAUGAAUAUAUCCAAUAAUUAUAAAAUUGUUUCCAAGAAUACUCCUCGUGAACUUGAACAAUAUUUUAGUCAGUGUCUUAAAGAAGAAGUAAAACUUGUGAUUGUUGUCUUACCUGAUAGAGGAAUGACUUAUGCAUCCAUUAAGAAAAUUGCUGAAAUUCAGGUUGGUAUUCUAACUCAGUGCUUGAAGACUGUCACAGUGCAGAGAAGACUUAAUGCUGCAACAUUUGUAAACAUACUACAGAAAGUUAAUGCAAAGUUGAAUGGCAUCAAUCACCAUAUAACCCACAGCUAUUGGCCAAAAUUUUUUCAAAAACCUGUCAUUGUUGUUGGCGCUGAUGUCACUCAUCCAGCUCCAGACCAGAUCAACGUUCCAUCUAUAGCAGCCGUUGCAGCUUCUCACGACCCAAAAGCCUUCAGGUAUAAUAUGAUAUGGAAACUGCAGCCACCUCGAGAAGAAGUAAUCAGGGACCUUGAGAGUAUCAUGAAAGAACAAUUAUUGGCAUUUUACAGAAGCACUAGGUAUAAGCCUCAAGCUAUCCUCUUUUACAGAGAUGGUAUCUUGAACCAAGAAUUGCAGGCUAUCAGAAGGGCUUGUUCAAGCCUCAGCAGUGAUUACACGCCACCGAUUACAUUUAUAGUGGUACAGAAACGCCAUCACACUAGGUUCUUUCCGGAAAAGAAGGAUGCAGAUGGGAGAAAUAUGAAUGUGCCGGCUGGUACAGUUGUUGAUACAGAGAUUACUCACCCUACUGAAUUAGACUUCUAUCUAGUCAGUCAUGCUAGUAUACAAGGUACAGCACGUCCUACCAAAUAUCAUUUGCUAUGGGAUGAUUCUAAUUUAUCAGAGCAGAAUUUAGAAGAAAUAACUUACUAUCUUUGUCACCUCUUUACCAGGUGUACACGUUCAGUUUCAUACCCUGCACCUACCUAUUAUGCUCAUCUCGCUGCUUUCCGUGCUAGGGCAUAUACAGAUGCAGACAGACUACAGCUGAACCAACUUCAAGAAGAACAGGUUAGAAGGACAGUUAAGGAUUCUGUUUGUAAGAAUAAUCCAAUGUUCUUUGUUUAAAGAAAAAAUGUUAAGAAUUGUAAUCUUAUAUAUACCACCUUUAUUCAUGAAAUAUGUAUAUAGAAUUUGAUAUAUAUAAAAAAAGUUACUUAUUACUUUUUUGUAACAUUCUACUAUUGAACAAAUAAUAAUGUGAUAUUAAAAUAUUUUUUGUGUUUACUUUUAUUUUCUGAAAAACAAUUAUUUUAUGUUUGUGUAAUUUGUAAAUUUAUUCGAUUCUGAAUAAAUUUGGUUAUAUUAAAUGUUCAAAGAAUUAUUUAAUUUUGAACUGGGUAUAGCUUGAAAUGUUGGUUUUAUUUAUUAAUAAAUAAACUUAUCUUAACAAUCGUUUAAGCGUUACAGGAAAUAAUUUAAAAUAUUGAAAAAAUAUAAACAACUCAAUGAUUGGUCUGGUUUGUGGUGAAGGACUUUAUUUUUUAGCCUUGGCUGUCUUGAAUGUUCAGUCUCAAUAUGAAAGUCUUGUCCUAAUUACAAAAUCAUUCAUUGUUAUUGUAUUCAAUUAUUUUUUAUGAGACACUUAAACACUUUAAGAACUGAUUUUAUUUGUUUAAGUUUAUAUUAAAGAUUGUUAAAAUAAUAAAGUAUGUUUUAUUUCUAAUUAUAAAAAAAAAAAAUCAAUUUGUUGUGGAAAACAGGAGGAUCUAAACAUUU